GUCGCCAGCCAGCUCGUUGCUGCUGGUGGCAUCAUAAUAGUGUGUUAUUUAUUGUUUAAUUUGUAGACAAUUAAAUCAACAAAAAAAAUAUUGCGUACCUAUACCAAGACAAGAACGAUGUGAGAUAAAUAUUUUAUAAGAUAUUGUUACACACACCUGACUGAAAAUUAUUGCACAAUGGCAGCAAAUUUACAUCCUAUAGAUAAAAAAAAAAUAAACCUUGUGGAUACUGAAGUGAUGUCAAUCUUAGAAACUGUAUUGGCACAGUGUGUGAAAGAAAAGAUCCAAAAGUCUUUAGAUGGGCAUCUAGAAGCUGUUGAAACACGGGCCAGCUGCUACACAGGGUAUUCCUCUGACAUUUUUUAUGAACUUCAAAAUCGAAAAAAAAUGUUACCACCUAUAUCAAAUAUAAAAACUCAGCAAAAAAUUAAAUUGUUAAAAUCUUUUCAAGACCUAUAUCAUAUUACUAUUAAUUCCGUAAAAUUGUCUUAUUUGGAAAUUUUGAAUUUUUUAUUUACGAAAACUGGUGUGUUUCAAUCAAAGGAUAACUUUCAUAUAACAAGACAACUAUGUGCAAUGGGUUAUGAAUAUAAGAUUACUACUAUUUGUCCAAUAAUUGUAGAAAAUGCAAAAUUGAGAUAUGAAAGAUUUCAGUAUCUGAGUAAAAUAAUAAAAAUGAGAAAUUCUGAUAAACCAAUAUGCUAUAUUGAAGGGAGAAUAGUUGAUAAAACAUUUAACUUUGAAAAGUUUUCUUUAACAACACCAACAAAUACAUAUGGAGUUGAUAAAUAUUACUUUUUACAUUGUAUAUCAAGAAAUGGUUAUAUUAAUGGAAUAUUUUGUAAUGUUAUUGACACAGAAAUUUUUACUAAAUGGAUAAUAGAUAUUUUGUUAACAAUAUUGGAACCUAACUCAGUGCUUGUGCUUGAUAAGGGAGAUCUUGAUGAAAAAAUAAAACCCAUUACAGAAUAUAGCUCCAAAAAAGAUAUGUUGCAUUGGCUGAAUGCAAACAAUAUUCCUUGCAGUUGUGAAAUGUACAAACCAGAAUUGUAUGAACUAAUUGUUAAAUCAGGAAUAAAAAAUUGUGACUAUAAAAUUGACCAUAUUUUGAAAGCAUAUGGUCAUGUCGUAUUACGCAAACCUGAGAACUUCCAGGAUCUAACACCAGCUGAAUUACUUUGGAAUUAUUUGAGAACAGAACAAUAUAAUACAAAUGAAUUGGUUCAUGAAAAAAAAGCUUUGGAAAAAUAUAUUAAAAACAUAGAAAAAUUAAAGUGGGAAAUCUUUACUGAUACUAUUGUAAAUUGGGAAAAGGAAAUUUUUGAUAUUGAUUGUCAAAUUGAUAAUCUCCUUGAUUUAUAUGAAUUUCACAAUGAAAAUAUUAAUAGGGAUCCUAUUCCAUUUCCCUACUUUUUUAGUGAACCUAAAAAUAAGGAAUUCAAUAUUAUUAUGUGAUUUUUUUUUAAUUUCAUGGCUCCAUUGUUCGCCAAAACGAUGAUUUUGCCAACAUCAAGGUUGAGUUUGACAUGGAAUAUAAUAUGUUAUAAUAUCAAUAGUAUUAAUACUAAAUAAUAUAAUAAAAUAAAUAGUACAAUGUUAUAGUACUAUGUGAUUAGUUAGUAUAAUUAUUUAAUCCUUGUAAAUUGUUAAUAAAUAAGUGAUACACUAUUA